CAUGUGCUCUCUGCCUUCCCUGUCUAUAAACACCCUCUGCUCAGCGGGAGGGGUGGCAGCUGCCUGCCUGGACAUGAGCUAGUGCAGCUCCCAGCCUUCCGGCACCAGCUCAAGCAAUCUCGCUCCACUUCCAGCAAGUCCCAACCAGCCGCGCCGCAGGAUUUCGCUCCCCUCUCUCCAGGCUCCGUGCGGCUUCCAGGCAGCGCUGACCGGCUGUGCUACUCCCCAUGGAUUCGCUCUGGCACUACCAGUUCCGCAUCAUCAUGCUGGGGGACUCCACGGUGGGGAAGUCGUCCCUGCUGAAGCGCUACACCGAGGGCGCCUUCCUCGACUCCAUCAACCAGACCGUGGGGGUGGAUUUCUACGUCCAGUUUGUGGAGCUUGAGCCCGGGCUCCGGAUCAAGCUGCAAUUCUGGGACACGGCUGGGCAGGAGCGAUUCAGGUCAGUGACACGCUCCUAUUACCGCAACUCCGCUGGGGCAGUGCUGAUGUUUGACCUGAGCAACCGAGCAUCCUUUGAGAGCAUCAGGGAGUGGCAUCAGGAGGUGACAGAUACAGUGAAACCUUUCCAUAUGGUCUUUGUGCUGGUUGGGCAUAAGAGCGACCUGGCAGCACAGCGCCAAGUUGAGCGAAAGGAGGCUGAGAAGCUGGCUUCCUCUCUGGGGGCAAAAUACAUAGAAACAUCUGCUAAGAGCAACAGCAAUGUGGAAGAUGCCUUCCGGCUGCUGACCUUGGAAAUCUAUGAAGCUAUGAAGGCUGGGGUGCUGAGUCCAAGCAAGGAUUGGGAUGGAGUGAAAAGCAAACUGCCGCCCACAGAGCAGCCCAAAGUACAGAACCCGGAAAAACAAGAGAAGCAGAAGAAGUGCUCAUGCUAGCCAGAUAUUGCAAACUAAGCAGCCAGAAUGAGCUAUCACCAUCUACCUUGCCACAGGAGACUUGGCUGCCAGGCAGUACUCUAUGGAAUGACUGUCUCAAGAGCCAGUUCUAACAAGUUCGUUGUGCUCAUUAAUCUCUCUCAGGGAAAGCAACAAGCAGAACUGGAACGGAUAUUUCUAUCCGCUCAAGUUCAAAAGCUACAGCGUUACACUGCUCUCUCGGUGCUUGAAGGCAAUCCCAAAUAGAAAUCCAGUGGUCUACACACUGGGAAAGACAAAUUGAUACUUAGGUGCAAAGUUAAAUAUAUUUUAUUAAUAUUUCUGGUUGUCUUUAUUAUUCUAACAAUUUAAUGCAAAAUAUGCCAAUGAAAAUGGCAAAUGUCCCCUGAGUGGCAAUAAAGUGCAACCCUAGACUCAGGAGAAACCUGCAGAUUCAGAGGGUAUAAAUCUCCAUUCCUUUCGCCAUCCUGGUUGUGAAGCACUUCCCAGCAUUGAUGCUCAGCGUGGAGUCUACAGAGCCAGCAACAGCACCUGAAGUACCCCCAGCUUCUCCCAUUCUCAAUGCAGCAUCUCAUUUUAAAACCUUCAAGUUAACAUUAUGUGGCUUUCUGCUGCAGGCCUGUCCUACCCAAAUCAUCCAGCCACCACUUCCCUCCCGUCACUGGACUUAAGUGACUGGACUUUGCAGAAAAGGACAAGGUUGCAAGUUUUGAAUAUGAAAACAAUCACUAUCUGGGUAAAGCAACUCGACCCUCAGUCCUCAGAUUUAGUAAUCUGGUUCCACGGCCACAGGACCAGCUAUUCCCCCUGGGCUGGAUUCUUGUGACUAGGUAGGAUGCUGAAAAGCCCAUUACUGAUUAAAAUAAAGACCAUGCUGGUAGCUUUUUAAAAAAAACUAGGAUCUGUUGGCUUUGUAGGUGACUAGAAGAAAUGAAUUGAGCAGGUCUCCAUCUAGUUCCAGACUAGACUGUGGUAUGGGUACUACCAGUGGUAUCCAAACUUGAUAUACCAUCUAUUCACUUAAUUUUUUUUAAAGAGAGUGGUCCAUGCACCAGUAAAGUUUGGGAGCCACUGAUCUAAACCACAUCAUAAACAAUCACUACAACUGGCCCCUAAAAGAGCAGUUAUUAGCUAGGCACAGAGAACGGACAACCUUCAAACUUACAGGUGUGAAUCCCCAUUUUGGAAGGACCAUGUCAGGUCUCAGCAUGGCAAUUUGGAACAUCUAGACACUACCUACGUGGUCAGUAAGAGUUCAGUCACUAGCACAGUCAAACCUGCCCUUUCCCGCCCAGGUUAACCAAUCUCUGUAGGACUCCUUUAAAACCCUCUCUCUCACUGCAAUAAACGUGUCUUGUUCAAGUUUACAUUUGAAUAUUGUUUUUGGCCAAUGGACACACCAGAUGAGAGUCUGGACUGUAUCUGUGGUGCAGCCUUUAGUUUGGAAUGCUGAUGACCUAUUUUAGGGCUAUGCAUUUAUUACAAAGCCUUUGGAGGCAGCUUUCGAUUUCAGUCCUGAUGACUCAAAACACAGUGGCUGCGUCUAGA